GUUGCGUGUGGUACCCAGCGAGAACCCGGAGGACGGAACGGGCUGUGAGGAUGGGGGGCUCUUCCAUUUAACGGUGCUUAACAGUGCGCCAAGGAUGCGCGCGUCUCCGUACGGCUACUAACACGGGCUCAAUGCGAACCGACAGCCACGAGCCGGAUGUUUAACGGAUAACGGACGAGGAGUAUGAUGCGCAGACAGGAAUCGUCAUCCCAGGUUCCAGAUUUGGAUCCAUUCCUGCUGCUGUACCAUUGCCCAGUGACCCAGAGUUUCUCCAGUGAGAAUGCACAGCAGGUGUAUAAAUCGGGUUUUUGCUUUGGCCACCAUGAGACCAUCAGCCGAUGCACGUGCCCCCUGCCUGUCUCCAUGAAUUGAUGUGCUUUCACUUGACGGCUCAUUAUGCUGCUGCACCUGUGUAGUGUUAAGAACUUGUACCAAAACAGGUUCCUGGGCCUUGCAGCCAUGGCCUCACCGUCGCGGAACUCACAGAACCGGAGGCGCUGCAAGGACUCGGUGCGCUACAGCUACGGGCCUGACCAGUGCCACAAUGGGGCCAUUGCUGUCGCACGCUCCAACAGUGACACGGACCUGGUAACCUGUGACAGCCGCUCUACACUGACAGUCAGCACCUCCAGCUACUCCAUUGGCCAGUCACAGGAUAUUGUCAUCUGCUGGGACAUCAAGGAGGAGGUGGAUGCUGGUGACUGGAUCGGAAUGUAUCUCAUUGAUGAGGUUUUGUCAGAGAACUUUCUGGACUACAAGAACCGCGGUGUGAAUGGAUCUCACAAAGGCCAGAUCGUAUGGAAGAUUGACGCCAGUUCCUACUUCGUGGAGCCGGAAACAAAAAUCUGCUUUAAGUAUUACCACGGUGUGAGCGGAGCCCUCCGAGCAACCACCCCCAGUGUGACGGUGAAGAAUUCCAGUGUAGCAUUACUGAAGCCUGUGAACAGAGGGGAGGUCACGCCGAGCCAGGGAAACCGAAGACUCAUAAGCUUCGCCCUGUCAGAUUUCCAGGCUGUUGGGCUGAAGAAGGGCAUGUUCUUCAACCCUGACCCGUAUCUGAAAAUCUCCAUACAGCCCGGCAAGCACAGCAUCUUCCCUGCCCUGCCCCACCAUGGCCAAGAGAAGCGCUCGAGCAUUGUUUGCAACACAAUAAACCCCGUGUGGCAGAGGGAGCGCUUCAACUUUGUGUCGCUGCCCACGGAUGUGCUGGAGAUUGAGGUGAAGGACAAGUUCUCCAAGAGUCGGCCCAUCAUCAAGCGCUUCCUUGGCAAGCUGUCCAUGCCGGUACAGAGGCUGCUGGAGAAGCACGCAAUUGGGGAUCGCGUUGUUAGCUAUACGCUGGGCCGGCGACUCCCGACGGACCAUGUCAGCGGGCAGCUGCAGUUCCGCUUUGAGAUAACCUCCUCCAUUCAUCCAGAUGAUGAGGAGGCCUCUCUCUGCACGGAGCCAGAUUGUGAGCAGGUGGAGAACCCGGAGGCGAACCAUCCCUGCGAGCCGUACCCCGAUGACGCUGACACUCUGAGCUUGGGCCCGGAGAUGCCAGAACUGCCAGCGGAUGGAGUCACGGUGGACACUGAAGCAGACAGUGUGCCCCCUGCCCCCUCGCCAACUGAGCUGAGCCCAGCUGAGCCUGGAGGUUCGGAAUCUUUCUGGGCAGAGACUGGAGGGGUGGAGCCUGUCGGGACAGAGCCUGGGGGGGUGGAGUCUGUCGGGACAGAGCCUGGGGGGGUGGAGUCUGUCGGGACAGAGCCUGAAGGGGCGGAGUUUGCUGGGGCAGAGUCUGGAGAGGUGGGGCCUCUAGAGGCGAAGUGUCAAAAUGUAGAACCUGAAGGGGAGGAGUCUGUAGACAUGGAGUCUGGUGACGCUCAGUCUCUCGAUUGUCCACUGGAGAAUUUACCUGAGCAAUUGCUUCCAGAGGAAGUCAACGUGGAGACAAAUGUAGUCGCCUCCUUCGAUCCUUCACCCGAGAUAGAAGAUCAGGGACCCAGUGAACGUGCUGACCCUGACGACGGUGUCGCUGAGGACGAGGAGACAGAGACAGUUGCAGACCCCACCUCUGAGAUGGACACAGUAGGAACCCUGACCCUCAGGGAGGAUGACGGGGAUGAGGAAUGCAGCUCCCCCUGUUUGAGGAAUUUCCCCAAGCGCAGAAGCCGACCUUGCUCCCUGCCUGUGUCCGAGCUGGAGACAGUCAUCGCUUCGGUUUGCGGAGAGCCCGAGACGCCGCGGACCCACUACAUCCGCAUUCACCAUCUCCUGCACAGCCUGCCCUCCGCACAGCACAGUCAGGACACUGACCCAGACCCCGACUCAGAGGAAAUGACACUCAGGCCCAGUGAAGACAAGGAGAAUGGUGAGCAGGAGGAGGAAGAUGAGGGGGCCUCCGAAGGCCAGGAUGGUCCAGGUCCCUGCUGUCGGAGAACACUGCCUCGCAGCCUGUCCAUCGAACGCCUGUCUGACCUUAACCAGCUCCUGGAAAGUGAGCCUCCCUGUCUGGACAGCGAGAGCGAGACAGGUGGCCAAAGGCAGCCGAGGGACAGCGAGUGUGACCUGUGUGACACUUCCUGCUACAGCACCUCCUGCUACAGCACCUCUUGCUACAGCACCUCCUGCUACAGCACCUCAGGCCAUGAGGGGCGCAACCGUUUCUGCAGCCACACACGCUUCUCCUCCGUGGACAGUGCCCGUCUGUCGGAGAGCAACGUUUUCUCCUCGCAGGAGGAGGAGGAGGAGAGCAGCGCCUUUGAAUCGGUGGCGGACUCCAUGCAGGGCCUUGAAGUCAGGGACCCCGGCAGUGCACCCUGGCAGGAAGAGCAAGCUUUGGGGGAGGGAAGUCCUGGAAGCACCGAGGGAAGCAGGGGUUCCCCCAUGGCUGGACCCAGUGAGAGGACUGAAGGUAGUUGCCCCUUGCCUUGCAGUCAUCCUGCAGUCAGCCAGCCUCCUGCUUUGCGACCUGACCCUCACCAUUACCCCACGGUUGAUGAACCGUUGCCACCAAACUGGGAGGCCCGUAUCGAUAGCCAUGGACGUGUGUUCUACGUGGACCACGUUAACCGCACGACUACGUGGCAGCAUCCCUGCACUGCCGGUCUGGCAAACGGCAUCCACAGGUCCGGCUCCAUACAGCAGAUGGAGCAGCUCAAUAGGAGGUACCAGAAUAUCCAAAGGACCAUGGCAACAGAGGAUGAAUCCAACGGACGGCGGAGUGAGCGAAUCAACAGUACCGAUGCCGAGAUGGACUCUCCUCCACCAGCCGGUGAGCUUAGAAGAGAGAGUCCAUCAUCCCCCAUCAACAGCCAGAAGAUGGGCUUGUUGCUGCAGUGCCCAGCAGUCAAGUUCAUUGCGCAUCCAGAGUUUUUCACUGUUCUUCAUGCCAACUAUGGUGCCUACCGCAUGUUCACCAACAGCACGUGCCUAAAGCACAUGAUCCUGAAGAUCCGGCGGGACGCGCGCAACUUUGAGCGCUACCAGCACAACCGUGACCUGGUCGCCUUCCUCAAUAAGUUUGCCGACACGCAGCUGGAGCUGCCGCGCGGCUGGGAGAUCAAGAGCGACCAGCAGGGCAAGUUCUUUUUCGUGGACCACAACAGCCGGGCGACGACCUUCAUUGACCCCAGGAUCCCACUUCAGAAUGGACGGCUGCCCAACCACCUCACCCACAGGCAGCACCUACAGCGCCUGCGCAGCUACAGUGCUGGGGAGGCCUCAGAGGUGUCCCGGAGUCGGGGAGCAUCCCUGCUGGCAAGGCCUGGGAACAGCCUGGUGGCCGCCAUCCGGAGCCAGCAUCACCAGGACCCGAUGCCACUGGCGUACAAUGACAAGAUCGUAGCAUUCCUUCGCCAGCCCCACAUCUUUGACAUGCUCCAGGAGCGACAGCCCAGUCUGGCCAGGAACCAUGCGCUGAGAGAGAAGAUCCACUACAUCCGGACAGAAGGCACGCAAGGUGUCGAGAAGCUGUCGUGUGAUGCGGACCUGGUCAUCCUGUUAAGCCUGUUCGAAGAGGAUAUCAUGUCCUACAUCCCGCCACAUUCCUUCCAUCCUGGGUAUGGCUUUUCACCUCGCUGCUCACCUGGAUCCUCCCCCCAAAACUCCCCAGGCCUACAGAGAGCGCGGGCUCCCGCCCCCUACCGCCGGGACUUUGAGGCCAAGCUACGAAACUUCUACAGGAAGCUGGAGGCCAAGGGCUAUGGACAGGGGCCAGGGAAGAUCAAGCUGCUCGUGAGAAGAGACCACCUGCUGGAGGGCACCUUCAAUCAGGUGAUGGCCUACUCCCGCAAGGAGCUGCAAAGGAACAAGCUCUAUGUCACGUUCGUGGGAGAGGAAGGUCUUGACUACAGUGGCCCCUCGCGGGAGUUCUUCUUCCUGCUCUCUCAGGAGUUGUUUAACCCCUACUACGGUCUCUUCGAGUACUCCGCCAACGACACGUACAUGGUGCAGAUCAGUCCUAUGUCAGCCUUCGUAGAGAACCAUCUGGAAUGGUUUCGCUUCAGCGGUCGCAUCCUGGGCCUGGCACUGAUCCACCAGUAUCUGCUGGACGCCUUCUUCACCCGGCCCUUCUAUAAGGCUCUCCUGAGGCUGCCGACUGACCUGAGCGAUCUGGAGUAUCUGGAUGAGGAGUUCCACCAGAGCUUGCAGUGGAUGAAGGACAAUGACAUCACUGACAUUCUGGAUUUGACUUUCACUGUGAAUGAAGAAGUCUUCGGUCAGGUCACAGAGAGGGAGCUGAAGUCAGGUGGGGCCAACAUCCAGGUGACGGAGAAAAACAAGAAGGAGUACAUGGAGCGGUUGGUGAAGUGGAGGGUAGAACGAGGAGUGGUACAGCAGACUGAAGCGCUUGUGCGAGGCUUCUACGAGGUGGUGGACUCCAGAUUGGUGUCAGUGUUCGAUGCCAGGGAGCUGGAGCUUGUCAUUGCUGGAACAGCAGAGAUUGACCUGAAUGACUGGAGGAAUAACACAGAGUACAGAGGAGGGUAUCAUGAUGGGCACAUCGUGAUCCGCUGGUUCUGGGGUGCAGUCGAGCGUUUCAACAAUGAGCAGAGGCUGCGGCUUCUGCAAUUCGUCACGGGCACCUCCAGCGUGCCGUAUGAGGGCUUUGCCGCGCUGCGAGGGAGCAACGGUCUGCGCAGGUUCUGCAUCGAGAAGUGGGGCAAGAUUUCUUCCCUGCCCAGGGCACAUACCUGCUUUAACCGUCUGGACCUCCCUGCGUACCCCUCCUACACAAUGCUGUAUGAGAAGUUGCUCAUCGCUGUGGAAGAAACCAGCACCUUUGGCCUAGAAUGAAAAUUUCUCACUGCGUACACGGGGAAUAAAAAUUCUUCCUUUUUUCCUAAAAGUAAUGCGACUUUCAAUGGAAAUUAUGCCUUUUUUUCUUUUAUACUUUUUUUUUU